UUUUCCACUCCCAACCAAGAAAACCUAGAUUUUUUUACCUCUAGAAAGAGCGGUUGUGUGAAUGCCCGGUUUAGCAUCAAACAUUCUACAUCCUAGAAUAAAAUCCAUGUUUUAUGGCGUUUCUCACUCUUUUUGGAUCUAAUCAAAUAAGCAGUUUUCCACUCUCUCCCCUCUUUUUGGUGGGUAAUUUUCCCCUCUGACACCCCAGACAAAACUCAAUUUUGGGACACUGGGCCCAGUGGAGUUGCCAGCUGGAGGCUUGACAGCACUGCCAAUAGUUGCUACCCAUAACUCUGAAUUCCUGAGGUGAAUGACAUUAUGAAUGUGAUUAGUGAACACCAUUUGGCUUUGCACAUAUGAUUCACCACAUUGACAUGUUUCACACUGCUUGUGUUUGUUGUUGAAGGCCAUAAGAUGGGAGGUGUUUGUCUGAAUGAUGUUCAGAAAGCAUACCAGCGAAUCAAGUCACAUGUGCACCUGACACCUGUUGUUACAAGCCAGUUCUUUAAUAAACUGACUGGGAAAGAAUUGUUCUUCAAAGGAGAACAUUUGCAGAAAACAGGAUCCUUCAAAGCUAGAGGAGCAUGCAAUUGUGUGCUGGUGAAUAAGGAGAAGAACCCAACAGUGUCUGGCAUAGCUACCCACAGCAGCGGCAACCACGGCCAGGCGACUGCCUAUGCUGCUGGCGUGGCCGGUCUGCCGUGCACGGUGGUGGUGCCGCGCGGUACCUCCGAGGUGAAGGCGAACGCCAUUCGGUCAUACGGUGCCCGGCUGAUCUACUGCGAGCCCACCCCUCAGGCCAGGAAGGACACGUGCGCCGCUGUGGCCGCCGAGACGGGCUACGCCAUCGUCCACCCGUACGAUGACUAUAACACAAUCGCUGGACAGGGCACCAUCGCUUUGGAGCUGCUCCAACAGGUGCCGGAUCUGGACGCCGUGCUGGUGGCAGUCAGUGGCGGAGGAAUGAUUUCGGGCAUCGCCACCGCAGUGAAAGAGCUCCGGCCAGAGUGCAAAGUGAUCGCCGUCGAGCCGGCCGGUAAGGAGCUCGGCCCGUGUUUGCGCGCCGGCCGCCGGCUGUGGGCGGACCCGCCGCGCUUCCUCAGCACGCUGGCUGACGGCUGCACCACGCAGCAGUGCGGCCAGCUGACAUUUCCCAUCCUCUGCCGGCUGGUGGAGCCGGAGGUGAUCACUGUCACAGACCGGCAGAUCGUGGACGCCACACGACUCUUCUGGGAGAGGACCAAGCACGUGAUCGAGCCGUCGGCCGGGAUGGUGGUGGCGGCGGCUCUCUCGAACCAGCUCCCUGCUGACCUCCAUCGCGUCGGGGUGGUGCUCUGUGGUGGUAACGUCGAUCUGGGCCGGCUGCCCUGGCCGACCGCCGGCGCGCCGCAGAAACUGGUGCAGGACGGCGGGAGCAGCUGAGGGCGCGCCGCAGAAAUUGGUGCAGGACAGCGGGAGCAGCUGAGGGCGCGCCGCAGAAACUGGUGCAGGACAGCGGGAGCAGCUGAGGGCGCGCCGCAGAAACUGGUGCAGGACGGAGGGAG